GGGAUAGAUCUACUUCCGGGUCUUGCGGACAAUUCAAAGAGCGGCGGGAGCAGUAGCAGGCAGUUCAUUUGAGAGCUCUAAUGGGUUGAUGGCUCUAAGAAGGUUAUCCCUGUCUCGGCUCUCCAUGGAGAGUGAUUCUGAGGACCUGCCCACAUUUGCCUUUCUGAAGAAGGAACCAUCUUCAACUGACAGGAAGCCACCUCAGAAGGCGAAGAACAUAGUGGUUGUCACCUCCGAUUCUGAAGCCUCCUGUCCUCCAUCACCAGGCCGCAGAGGUCCACCAUGUGUCCCCAGUGCAGCUGGAGCUCCCCCACAAGCAGGGCCAGUCAGAGUGCUAAGCAGUAGCAGUGAGGAUGAAGAUGUAUUUGUCCCCUUGGCUGAGAGGAUCACAUGUAAGCUUUUGACAAGCAAGCAGCUGUGCCCUGAGCUCUCUAGCUCCUCACUUAAAACAGGUUUGGGUGGCCAAAAUAAUGCCAGCACACCAUGUGACUGGAAAAAGCAACCAUGGCCAAAGAUUCCUGAUGUUCCUCUCCACAGUGCCUUAGAGAAGAGUGCGGCAAAUGACGAGGACUCUCUCUUAGACAAUCAGGGCCGUCAGCUUCCAGCCCACCAGGCUACCUGCAGGGAGUUGGCAGUCUCCAAAACAAAUUCCGACCUCCCUCUACCCAAGAAGAGAACCAAGCACAUUCAGACAGUCCAGAGCGGAGGCUCUCAGGGAUGCUGGCGACCAGGACGGGCAAGCAGGAAGGAAAACACCCCAAGGCAGCAUGAAAGAAAAAAGAAGGCAGAGAUGAUCAAGAGGCUCAAAGCCCAGAGGCCAGAGGAAUGCCUGAAGCACAUCGUGGUGGUGCUGGAUCCAGUGCUUUUACAGAUGGAAGGUGGAGGCCAGCUCCUGGGAGCGCUGCAGGCCAUGGAGUGCAGCUGUGUGAUUGAAGCCCAAGCCAUACCUCGAAGCAUCACUUGGAGGAGGAGGAGGACAGAGCUGGUAGAGGAUGGAGAUGACUGGAUGGAAGAGCCAACAAUUCUGGUGUUGGUCCUGGCAGAGGUCUUCAUGUCCAUGGCCUACAACUUAAAGCAGGCAAGUCCUAGCAGCACUGAGAAAGGGAAGGAGACCCUUCGGAGCUUUGUAACUGAUGUCACAGCAAAGACGGGGAAAGCAUUGUCACUGGUGAUUGUGGACCAGGAGAAAUGCUUCAGGCCUCAGAAUCCCCCAAGGAGAAGGAAAUCAGGAACGGCAAAUAAACAGGCCAAAGCGAAGCAUCAGCAGAGGCAAGAGUCUAGCACGGGACUCAUGGUGUCCAGGGCAGACAUGGAGAAGGCACUGGUGGAUCUGCAGCUUUAUACAGAAGCCCAGGCUUGGAUCGUGCAGAGCUGGAGAGAGCUGGCUGACUUCACCUGUGCAUUUACAAAGGCUGUGGCUGAAGCACCCUUCAAGAAACUCCGGGAUCAAGUCACCUUUUCCUUCUUCCUGGAGAAAGACUGGGCUGGAGGGAUGAAAGUGGACCAGUCUGGCAGGGGACUGGCACUGAUCUGGAGGCGGCAGAUCCAACAGCUGAACCGAGUCAGCUCGGAGAUGGCCAGUGCUAUUGUGGACGCCUAUCCCUCACCGCAGCUCCUGGUGCAGGCUUAUCAGCGGUGUUUCUCUGAGCAAGAACGCCAGAAUUUGCUGGCUGACAUACAAGUGCGACGUGGGGAAGGUGUGACAGCCACCUCCCGCCGUGUUGGGCCAGAAUUAUCCAGGCGGAUCUACCUUCAAAUGACCACAGUGCAACCAGAUCUCAUCUUAGACAGUGUUGACUGAUAUCCCACCUUGGCUAUUGACAGUAGACAGGCCAGAAGUACCUCCUUGGUACAGUUAGGGAGCAAGUCUCCCAUCUCUGGGAACAGAGAAGGCUGAGUCACUUGAAUCUACCUCCACCAGCACUCAUGUUUCUCUCCCAGCAAGCGAGAUGUCAUGGACAGCCAUCCCAUCCCAUCCCAGUUGACCCUCACAGCACAAAGGAGAAAGGCAGACCACUCAGACAUGGAUUUAAUAAUUGUAGAAAUCCAAGAAAUAAGCAUCAAAUCUCGAAGUCAGAGUGAACUCUUGCCUGCAGGUUGGCUUGACUAUGCCCAGCCACUGAGCUGCCUCAACCAGCCAGGGAACUAUGAUGAGGCUGACUCCUGUUUUCAUGAUGUCACCAUGUGUAUGUAGUAUGUAUUUUGUCUCAAUAAAGCCUUUGUACCAA